AUGCCAACAGACACAGUCAUUGUUAAAAUAUGGAGCUUUCUAGCUGCCAUCUUCGGCAUGAUUCUCGAUGUAGUGCAGUUUUGGAACCACUUGCGGACACGAAUGCUGACAGGUAAAUGUGCUAGGGCAGAUACAUUUGAGGAAUGGGAAGAAGCUGCUUUCCGCCUUGAUGUGCUACUUAGCAAUGAUCUAUGGCGCCAAAAUCCUAGCAGCAAACAUUAUGAUUACAGACUUAUCCUUCAAAGAUUGGAAUUAAUAUUAAAUGCGCGAGAAACCGAGGACAUCCUAACUUUGGUUAACAUUCUCCGCUCUGGAUUGGUUCGAAAUCUCGGUAACAUCACGUCGAUGAAACUAUUCAAUCAUGCCUAUGCGGGCACGAAGCUCUUAAUUGAUGACUACAUCACGCACGUGGCAUUAUCUCUGCAGUAUGUUACAUCCUUACAGACCAUACCUGUACAUGUGAGCGGCUUUACGUCCCAAGCCAAACUGGAGUUGCUACAUGAUACUCGACAGGCGUUUGGAAGAACCUCUCUCGUCCUGCAAGGGGGUUCUAUCUUUGGGCUAUGCCACCUGGGCGUGGUGAAAGCUCUCCAUCUUCGGGGUCUUUUGCCUCGUAUUAUCACUGGCACUGCCACGGGAGCUCUGGUGGCUGCUCUCGUUGGUGUGCGGACGGAAGACGAGCUUCUAGACUUUCUAGACAGUAAUAUCAUUGAGCUUUGUGCUUUUGAUGACGGAGUUGGAAAGAAAGAAGGAAAGGAAAAGCUUUCGGACUGGAUAAAAAUCAACAAGCUAAGUGUUGGGUGGCUGCGGCGAGUUUUCCUGGAGGGAAACUUCCUCGACGCCUCCGUUCUGGAAGAAUGUGUACGACAAUACGUCGGCGACAUGACCUUUGAGGAGGCGUAUGCAAAGACCAAAAGAAUUUUGAAUAUUACUGUGGCGGCUUCGGGGAAAGGCGCAUUCCCAAAUUUGCUUAAUUAUCUAACAGCGCCGAAUGUGCUCAUUCGAUCUGCUGCACUGGCUUCGAACGCGUCGUCCGGCACGCUCUACUGUAAAGACGAAACAGGUGCACUUAUUCCGUGGCCUCAUACUCAGGAUGUCACAUUCCGAUCGUGGCGGCAGGUCAACCUCAGCGGCCGCGAGUCUCCGCUGGCUCGACUGGCCGAGCUGUUCAACGUCAACCAUUUCAUAGUGUCGCAAACCCGCCCUUAUAUUGUUCCAUUCCUGUACCCCGAAACUCAUCCAGGGCAGCGACUUGGCAGCAAACAAAGUCUCAAUCAGCCUCUUAUGCGCUUGGUUAUGCUCGAGGUGCGGCACCGGCUGAAGCAACUUGACUACCUUGGGCUUCUACCCAUGGGCUUGAGACGGCUCCUCAUUGACGAGAACAUUCCCGGGCCGAGCCUAACCCUCAUUCCCGACCUGGCUACAGGUGAUUUUCUCAAACUCUUCCAAGCCCCUUCCAAAGCCGGUCUGGACUACUGGGUACGCAAAGGCGAGAGAGGCGUAUGGCCGACCGUCAGUGCACUCAGAGUGAGGUGUGCCAUUGAGAUUGAACUAGACAGAUGCUACCAAAUGGUCCGGCGGCGACGGCGCAGCGACGUUGGUCAGCAACCGGUCGUUCCCCAGCGACGUGGUGCCAAUGAGGGUUUUCCGCGAAAACGACGAUCAGUCGGAAAUGAAGCAGCCGAAUAA